UGCACAUGAUGUCAACGUGUCAAUUUUUAUCAGUGUAAGCUCUUGCAAAUGUCAAAAGAGUUUAUUGAAUAUUAUUGUAUUUGAAAAUUUUAUGCACGAAAUCUACAAAAAUUCGAUAAGUUUUAAGUAUUCGAGACUAAACAAUGAGCGAUCAAAUAAUGAUUGAAGGAAAGUAUUGUCGACUAUGUCUUUGCCAAAUCGAAUAUUCGGAAAGUAUGGAUCCUCUUGAAAAUAUAUCAGUCGAAAGCAAUACCGAAAACCUAUCCCUAUUAGAUAAAAUACGUGAUUGUCUAGGACUUUUUAUUAACGCCAACGAUACCAUAAUAAAAAUAUGUGAAAAUUGCGAACAAACCAUUAACCUGAUUGAAGAGUUCCGUAUCUUAUGUCACCAGACUGAUGAAAUAUAUGAAUCGAUUCAACUGCAAACAGAUGAUCCAAACGCACCCAAAAAGUAUCAAGAACAUGUCACAGAAUUGAGAAAACUAAUACAAGAACAACGCCUUCGAAUAAACAGAGCCUUGGAGAAUGAAGAGCUUGAAGUGAAAGAUUUUCCCAUUGAAGCAUGUCCUACUAUCAAACAUGAAAGUUUUGAUAAUAUCUCGGAAUGGACCGAGGAUAUAAAACCAACUAAUUUACCAGGCAUUAAAGUGGAAAGCCUUGAGAUUGAAGCAGAUUAUAUAGAUAUCAACGACGACGCAUUAAUGUACGUGUCAGAUAUAAAUUCAAAUCAACAGGACCAGACCAUCUGUGAAAAAUUUUUCGAUCGCGAGAACAAGUUGAAACUGGCUCAGAUUUGUCAAAGUUACGAAAUAAUUUGGAAUAGCAAGCAUCCAUCUUAUAAAAAUCCAACGAAACGGGAAGCUUCUUGGGAUAAGAUAGCGACAGAAUUCGGAGUCACGAGAGCGGAAGUCAAAUUACAGUGGUCUCGUCUACGAGACGUGUAUCGAACCCGAACCAUACGUGCCAGCAAAGGUGAUGCUGCAAGCGUCGAUCGAAUAACUAACGAACCUCUUUACAAAGUUCUUGAUGCUAUGCUUGGUGACAAUAUGAAAUUGGGUUUACGCGGUGAUACACAAAAGAAGAAAAGUGCACGAAAGCGAACUGAUGAUGAACAUAGAGGAGGUUCAACCAGAUUUCCUAUAUUGGAUUCAGAACAAAAAUUGCAAUUGGCUGAAGUUUGCCGUAGUCAUGAAGUUAUUUGGAACUGCCUACACCCCGAUUAUACCAAUCCAAUCAAACGGGAUGCAUCUUGGGAUGAGAUAGCGGCAGCAUUCGGUGUCACGAUAGCAGAAGUCAAAUUACAGUGGGCUCGUCUACGAGACGUAUAUCGAAGUCGAAGCAUACGUGCCAGUAAAGGUGAUAUUGCAAGUGAUGAUCCGAUAAUUAAUGAACCUCUUUACAAAGUGCUUGAUGCUAUGCUUGGUGACAACAUGAAAGUGGGAUCACGCAGUUGUAUGUCUAAAAAGAAAAGUUCACGGACGGGAACUGAUGAUGAACACGAAGAAGGUUCAACCAGAUUCCCUAUAUUGAAUCCAGAACAAAGACUGCAAUUGGCUGAGAUUUGCCGUAGUCAUGAAGUUAUUUGGAACUGCCUACACCCAGAUUAUAACAAUCUAAUCAAACGGGAUGCAUCUUGGGAUGAGAUAGCGGCAGAAUUCGGUGUCACGAUAGCUGAAGUCAAAUUACAGUGGGCUCGUCUACGAGAUGUGUAUCGAAGUCGAAGCACACGUGCCAAUAAAGGUGAUAUUGCAAGUGAUGAUCCGAUAAUUAACGAACCUCUUUACAAAGUGCUCGAUGCUAUGCUUGGUGACAAUAUGAAAGUGGGAUUACGUGGUGAUAUACAUAAGAAGCAAAGUGCACGAAAGCGAACUGCUGAUGAACAUGAAGGAGGUUCAACCAGAUUCCCUAUAUUGAAUCCAGAACAAAAAUUGCAAUUGGCUGAAAUUUUCCGUUGUCAUGAAGUUGUUUGGAACUGCCUACACCCAGAUUAUAACAAUAUAACCAAACGGGAUGCAUCUUGGGAUAAAAUAGCGGCAGAAUUCGGUGUCACGAUAGCAGAAGUCAAAUUACAGUGGGCUCGUCUACGAGACGUAUAUCGAAGUCGAAGCAUACGUGCCAGUAAAGGUGAUAUUGCAAGUGAUGAUCCGAUAAUUAAUGAACCUCUUUACAAAGUGCUCGAUGCUAUGCUUGGUGACAAUAUGAAGGUGGGAUCACGCAGUUGUAUGCCUAAGGAAAAAUGUUCACGGAAGGGAACUGAAUCUGAACACGAAGAAAAUUCAUCCAGAUUUCCUACAUUGGAUUCAGAUGAAAAAUUGCAGUUGGCUGAAAUCUGCCUUACCCAUGAAGCUAUUUGGAACUGUCUACACCCAGAUUAUAACAAUCUUAUCAAACGGGAUUCAUCUUGGGAUAAGAUAGCGGCAGAAUUCGGUGUCACGAGAGCAGAAGCUAAAUUACAGUGGGCUCGGCUACGAGACGUGUAUCGAUGUCGAAGUAUACGUUCCAAGAAAAGCGGUUAUCCGAGUGAUGAUCCGAUAAUUAACGAACCUCUUUACAAAGUGCUUGAUGCUAUGCUUGGUGACAAUAUGCAAAUGGGAUCACGCGGUGGUAUGCAUAAGAAGAAAAGUGCGCGGAUUGGAACUGAUUAUGAACAUGAAGAAAAUUCAUCCAGAUUUCCUACAUUGAAUCCAGAACAAAAAAUGCAAUUGGCUGAAAUCUGCUGUAGUCAUGAAAUUAUUUGGAACUGCCAACACCCAGAAUACUACGGUACAACCAAGCGAGAGGAAGCAUGGGAUGAAAUAUCGAAGCAGCUUAACAUGACAUGUGCAGAAGUGAAAUUCCAUUGGGAUCGCUUGCGUAGUAUUUAUCGGACCAGAAGUAUACGUUUAAUAAGGGGACAGAUUCGCAAAGACGAUCCUAUUUUGACGGAUCCACUCUAUAAAGUGUUGGACGUUAUGCUAAAUGAAAACAUGCAAGUGGGCAUCCGCAGUGAAGCUCGUAUCGACGAAAUAUUGGAUAAGCCAAGUGAAACAGAAUCCUACAGCUCCGUUGAGCAGAGAGUGCGGCUAGCCGAAGAAAUUUCUAAGCAUGAAAUGAUUUGGAACCUUGACCAUCCAGAUUUUUACAAAGCUGAGCAACGAGGUAAUAUUUGGAGGGAAAUUGCAGCCAAGUUCGAACUUGAACCACACGUCGUUCGAAGUGAAUGGAGGCGAUUUCGAGAUUAUCAUCAUGCACAAACGGUACGGAUAUCUCAAGGUGAUCUAGAUGAGAGUUCCGCAGACUCGUUAUAUAAAACGUUAAACCAAUACCUAUCGCUGGUCUGCGAAAGAGCUAGUGUAGUGACCAAAACAGACAACACUGGUACUGGCCAAAAGAGACCAAUGCCGGAUCCUACGAAUAACCCCACUGUACUUAAGCGUCGUUUCACCGGGAAACGAUAUUUCGAUGAUCAUGGAUGCAUUAAAGUGAGAGAAAACGGCAGCGUCCGGUACCACAAAACUUGCGAACUUUGUGGAAAACAAAUCGAACGGUCAUUGUUUGAAUUCCACAUGAAUGGUCAUUAUGGUCUUACACCGUAUGAAUGUACAUUCGAAGGAUGUAACAAACGAUACGGCAACCGUGUUACGAGAGAUCGGCAUGAAAUAAUGGUCCACGGGGAGGAAGGAUUCCGAUUUCAAUGUGAUCAGUGCGGAGAGAAGUUCAAACAAAGAGCCAAGUACGACUAUCAUUAUGCAAUCAAACACAAGAGUCAAGAGGUCCCCUGCGGCAUCUGUGGAAAAUUACUGAAGCACAAGAAUCUUUUAAAGAAUCACGAACGGAUUCAUACAAACAGUUUUGUCUGUAAAGUGUGCGGCAAGGUACUUCAAAAGAAGUGGACUUUGCAUGUCCAUAUGCGUGUUCAUACAAAUGAGAAACCGUAUCCUUGUGAGCUAUGUGAUCAACGCUUUAUGCUGAAAGUUCAAUUGAAAACACACUUAAGCAAACACGGUAUUCAGCAGGACGAAAUAAAAUCAGCAAUGGCCGAACUCAACAAGAGUUCAAAUAAAAGCGACUUAUUUGGCUUAAGCAGCUUACGAAAUUCAUAAACAUUAAACAACUAAUUAUCCACACUUGAAAGUUCACGCGACGCAACCGAACGAACUUCUAAUCAGUUUUUAUGCAGCUUGAAAGUUCACUCGGAACCUUGUUCUGUAUUUUAAAGAUCCUAAAAAAUCCGCGAAUACUUUUGGUUUUCUGUCGCUACUAAAUGAAUACAAUACUAAACUGCCUAGGAUCUCUCAAUUUCUCCAUUCAGUUCAUUCGAAUAACUAUUAUUUCCCAUAUUUGUAUCGAUGAUUUAUUUGUUAAAGCCCUACACGGUAUUCUUUCAUAAAUAAAUUACAUAGUAACAAAUCCUACAAAACGAGUUAAAAUUAGUGUUGGAGAAAUGCAUCGAUUAUGACUAAUAGGUUUUCGAUGAGGUUAGACUGGAAGUAUAUUUCUCCGAGAACCCAAUGUUGUAUUUA